AUGGCCGAUAUGGCUCUCGAUGAUAUUAUUAAAAAGAAAAAAUCACCACGAGCUCCUGUUAAGUCUAAUCGUGGCGUACACAAUGGCCCGGCUAGAGGUCGUCAACGACAGAACAUCCCCGUGAGCACUCGACCGAAACGUCCUGAGGUGGUGACAGACGCCAGGAUGAAGAUUAUCCAGAAGAACCGCGCGAAGCUGACAGACGCGAGAGAUAAAUUGGCAGAAAUUGCCAAGCAAUCGGACGCGAGAUUGAAAUUAGAGAAAUUGCGCUCCGGUUUUAAGAAACCCGGCAAUUCUUUUGGGACUAUUUCAAGAAAGUCGGGGAGAAAUGGCAAGUUGCAGCUGAGUACUAAUAAAAUUCCGCCGCUGUUGGGGAACUUGGCUCCGUACCCGUUGCCUGGAGCUGGACCUGGUCCUGGACAUGGGCCCAGGCAUGUCAUGCCGAUGAAUCAUCUUGGGGGACAACCUAUGCCAGUCGGUGGUGGUAGGACUGUCAAUUAUCAUCCGCCUGUGGAUUAUCAAGAGGAACCGGUGUAUCAGGAUGACUAUUCUAUGGAUCUUCAGAAUAAUCCAUCAUACGUGAACAACUGGUCGAACAAAAACAGCGUCAACACUUCAAGACUGGCCCCGUCGCGGCCAGUCAAUAGGUCUGUGCGCAAAACCGCGGAGUUGGACCGCCCUAGACAGCUAAAAGUAGUAGCCCGUGCGCCGCAAUCUCUUCUGAAGCUAGAACCCGCUUACCACGACGAUGACUGGAGCUUCGAGAGCAAGUCCCGGACAAUAAUCGACGACGAGGACCUGGAUGAUGAGGACAAGUACUACAGGAGCUCCAGGCAGCCGGGAGUAAAAUCCAGGCUGGACAGCAUGAAGUCCAGGCAAGAGAUGAACUCUCGCAGCAAAAGCUCUCCUACUACUGGCUACAGGAUCGUGGUCAGCAACCUCCAGGCCAAUGUCACCCAGGAGGACAUCAAGGAGCUGUUCGAGGACGUUGGGGAGCUCCUCGUCUCGAGGUUAGUUCGACCUGGCACCGCGGAGGUCAUCUACAAGACCCUGAAGGAUGCUACCAAGGCGGUGGAGACUUACCACAACCGCCAGCUCGAUGGUCAUCCUAUG